AUGCGGCUGCUGCAUCUGCCGUUAUCACCAACCAUCGGAGUGCUGCUUCUUUUUGCAUUUCUAACUAUCCAGACAUGUUCUGGAGAGCAAUUAGACUUGAAUUCACAUUUCCAUGGUUUCACUACAGGCAAACGGAUAAAUGCAUACCCUUACACCGCCCCCGAACGAGUCGUAGAUAAAGCAUUGGCGAGAAAGCACAAGAAACCACAAGCGACACCUGGUCCAAUCUAUGAAACCACUAUUGCAACUCCAAAUGGGGCAGCCGCAGCUCCUGGCGAAUCAGCAGCAGAUUUUGGUAUGCAAGGAGGAGGUCCAGGAAUUCCUGGAAUGAUGUCUAAUAAUCGACUACCUGCUCUCCAAACCGUUCAUCCUCCACCACCAAAUGAGAAGGAUUGGGUAUUGACAGCUGGAAAUGAAAGUUUGGUGGAUAACGUGCUUGCUAUCUCUUUGCAAUAUGGUGGGAGACUUGUUUCAAUGGGAUACUAUCUACGUGGUCAGGAUGUCAAUUAUUAUGCAAUCAUGCACAAGUACUCAGGACCAGUGUUCAUCAAGCCUGCUCCAAUGACAUUUGACGAGCUAAUCAGAGCUGUUCGAGAAAAUGAAGCGCGAGAUUUGGCACUAACUCAAGUAUGUGGCCAGGAAGGAAAACCUGGAGAAAUUACUUUCACCACAUACUGGGAACGUGUUCCUGGAGCGGAGUUUCAUAUUUGGUUCCCCGGGCAGCCUCAUGCUGAUGAGCAAAAGACACAUUUCGAAAAUAACGGCUACCGUCUGACCUAUCUCUGUGGUUACUCUGAAGCAGGAAAAGGAAAGUAUGUGGGUAUCUGGAUGAAGCCAACAAAGUCCGAAUCUCAAUAUGAAGCGCAUUACGGACUGACUAUGGAGGCUUGUAUGCAGAAAGAUCGGUUACUGGUACAGAAAGGAUAUGUGGCUACUUCUUUGAGAGUUUUCAACAACAAAAACCAAGUUUUGUGCACUGGAAUUUGGGAGAAUAGAAAUGGAAGGAGUAAUGUACAAGUUGGACAGAAUCUUGAAACUAUGUACAGGAAUAUGCAACGAAACCCAAACAUGGUACCUAGACAGAUUUCACAUUAUUUCGACAACUAUCAGAAUAUUGUCUAUGUUGUCUUAUGGAGCGAUGUUGAUGUAAACCGAUACCCUAAUCCACCACCACUUUGGGAUGAAGCCCCGAUUCCUGUCCGAUUCCUGAAAGGUUCUCCAGAGUUGCUGUCCGACGAUCAAAUGGAAUUUUUGAUCAAGCGAGUUGAACACUUUAUGAAAGAUCUGAAUAUUCCCGGUCUCUCUAUAGCAAUCGCCAAAAAAGAACAACUCAAAUUUGCGGCAGGUUUUGGCUACACCGACAUUCGACAGCAAGAACCCGUCACGCCAAAUCAUCAAUUCCGAGUGGGCUCAGUAUCAAAACCAGUCACCGCUGCGGCUAUCAUGCUACUUAUCGAUAAAGGCCACUUCACACUUGAUUCAAAGUUGUUUGGAAAGGACUCAAUAUUUGGCAGCGAGUUCAGCAAAAAGUAUCAAUAUCCGAGAUAUGUCACGGAAAUCACCGUUCGCCAUCUUUUGGAACACACUGCUGGUGGAUGGGACAACUUACAAUCUGAUGCUGCCUGGGUUCAACCUGACAUGACCACCAAAGAACUUAUUGAGUAUGUGCUUACCAAUGUACCACUGGAGUACAAACCAGGAUCAAUGUGGAUUUAUUCGAACUUUGGGUAUCAGUUACUAGGAUAUCUCAUCGAAACGACCACCGGCAUGUCCUACGAAGCAUUUGUCAAGAAGAACAUAUUCGCACCAUCUGGCGUUUACGAUAUUCAAGUGGCAAGACCGAGCAUUAGCGAGCGAGCACCAAGAGAAGUGGUAUACUACAUGUCUGGAAAUGGUCUUGGCUUCAACCCAUACGAGAUGCUUCCACCAGAGAGAAUUGGUCCAUGGGGUGGAUGGAUUGCAAGUCCCAUCCAACUUCUAAUGUUCAUGAGUCGUAUCGAUGGUUUCACAAACCGAGAGGACAUUCUCAGUGAAAUCGCUAUCUCAGAACUUGCCACCCCAUCCCCCGCUUCAAAUGAUACUUAUGGUUUGGGCUGGUCUUUGAACAUUAUGGGAUUCAAUGGUUGGCAACAUGACGGUCGAAUGCCGGGUAGCGCUGCGAUGUUGGUCAGGUUGGAUAAUGGAUUAGAAAUGGCGGUGACUGUCAAUAAGGAAUACUCCGAACGAGACUUCUUCCACGAACUGGGAUACGUCCUCCACCACAUUGGAAACAAUUGUGAUUGGUGGAAUGACGACUACGACCUUUUCCAAAAAUCGCGACGUUCCUCCCGAAGCGCGACACUCCCGAAACGACACUUGUACCGAGCAGAGGCACAAAGAACGACAAUUCAUGAUACAACAAAUCCACACGUUAUUCGCUUUGUUUAG